AUGGCUCAAAGAGCUUACUCUUUCUCUGCACUUCUUCUCAUUUUCAAUAUCCUCCUUGUGACAAAUUGGCAAGCAGUUGCUGGCCGCAACAUUGCGAAGAACUCUGACAAUGAUGACAAGAAAGAGCCUCAGUUUCUUUUCAAGCAUGAUCAUGGCUCAGGAUCAGGAACUGAAUCAGGAUCGGGAUCAGGCUCAGGAUCAGGAACUGAAUCAGGAUCGGGAUCAACAGGUCACAGUUACGUUCCUGGUGGCGAUGACACUUCUAUUCCAAACCCGGGCAAUGAGGUUCCGAUACCUGGGAGUGGUGGUGUUGGCGCUGGUAAUCCAUGA